CUCUCUCUGUCUCUCUCUCUCUGUCUCUGUCUCUGUCUCCGGUGACUGUCGCCGUGUGAUUUGCAGCCCCUGUGUUGGUGUAGAUGGUGCGUGUGGGGUGUGAGGCGCUGAGGAGAAUGACGGACCGAGCGCAGCGGAGCACAGAGCUCCUCUUCAGCUUCGGGGUGAUCGCGGACGUCCAAUACGCUGACACGGAGGACGGCUUUAACUACACGGGGACGAGGCAGCGCUACUACCGGAGCAGCCUGGACCUGCUGCGCAGCGCCAUCCGCGACUGGAACCGGGAAGCCCCUCCGCCCGUGUUCGUGCUGCAGCUCGGAGACAUCAUCGACGGCUGCAAUUCCCGGCAAAAGACCUCGGCCCGGGCGCUGCGGGCGGUGCUGGCGGAGCUGACACGGUGCCGGUGCCCGGUCCACCACGUCUGGGGCAACCACGAGUUCUACAACUUUGACAGGAACGAGCUGCUGACGUCCGCCCUCAACAGCAAACACCUGGGAGAGGACCCGACCUCGGGGGCCGCGGCCAACGACCCCGAGGGCUUCUACAGUUACCACUUCAGCCCUUUCCCCAAGUUCCGCUUCGUCCUGACCGACACGUACGACCUCAGUGUCCUGGGACGGCAGAACGGCAGCAAGAAACACCAGGAGGCACUUCAGACCUUGAGGGAGAAGAACAAAAACGAAAACCUCAACAGCCCGAUCGGCCUCGCGGAGCAGAACUUUGUGGAGUUCAACGGGGGAUUCAGUCGGGAGCAACUGGAGUGGUUAAACCAGGUGUUAACUUUCUCUGAUAACAACCAGGAAAAGGUGACGGUGGUCGGUCAUCUUCCCGUCCACCCGAACUCCACAGAUCCAAUCUGUGUGGCCUGGAACUAUGAGAAGAUACUGUCAGUACUGCACGCGCACCAGAGCGUGGUUUGUUUUAUAUCGGGCCACGACCACGACGGAGGGUACUUCCUGGAUGAGCACGGGAUACACCACCUCACGUUUGAAGGGGUGAUCGAAACCCCCCCGAACAGCCAGGCAUUUGGUACCAUCUACGCGCACGAAGACAGGAUGGUGCUAGUAGGAAGAGGCAGGGUUCCCAACAGGAUCCUGCACUACAGGAAGACUGGAGAUUAAUCUGGGGACGGUUGAUUCAUGUCAACACUUUUGUUAUUGUCAAGACUUGACAGUGCAGUGAUCUUAUAGAAUGGCAGAACAGGCUCGAGGGGCUGAAUGGCCUAUUCCUGUUCCUAGUGGUUUGCCGUGUGCCGCCUUCCAACCAAAUCUCGAAAUCAGUUGCCUCAGUUUGCUAAAUAAUUGCUUCCUGUUCUCUCCAUUAACACAACAACAAAUGACAUUUGUUCAGCACCUUUCACGUCAGGAGGACGCCCUAAGCUAAUAUGGCUGACACCUCACCUUGUGACCUUCCCGCUCUUGUCAGCAGCUACAACAAAGCUGAAAGUGUGGGUUGGUGGCUUGAGCUCACAACGGCAGUAAGACAGUUCCCUGAGGCACCUACAUCGAGAAGCUCGGAGCCCUUUCCUGCUCAGAAACUCCCAGGUUUUGUUGAGCUGAUUGACAUUCCCCCAAUAGUAGUGCCUUCCACUUGUAAAGUGAAUUGUCUAUAAUAUAAUAAAUAAUAAUC